CAAUCUCCAACAUGUGAAUGUGGCUAUGAAUCUGAAAACAUUGACCAUAUACUAUGGGAUUGUCCCAGAUUUUCAAAUCAAAGAUACUCACUUAUCAACAAACUCAACCACUACCACUCAAAAAAAAAGAAGAAUACACCAAAAGAUACAACAUCACUGCUAAAAAAUCCAAAUGAAAAACCAGCAAGAAUAAUUACUGAAUACUUGAAACGCUGCAAUCUACAAAUUUGAACUCUAACUUGAAUUUAAAUUCAAACCAAUAAGUUUAUGCAAGACAAUCCAAACCUACAUUACCAUCAGUCAAACAUGCAAGGUGGCACAUCGGAGUCGCAGUCCGCUCUUGGACAGCAAUCCACAGCCAAUAACAAGAAGAAGAAGAAGAGUUGACGUUUGAGAUUUGAUAAGUGCGAUAGCGUUCAUAGCGUUCAUUCUGAACACGUGAAUAGUAAUAGUUUUUUUGUGUCUUUGACAUUGAUCAAAGUUAACUAGUCGAUAUAGUAUUAUUCUUUGCAAAAUGUCAAAUGCAGCACUUGAGGAGAAAAAUAAAAAGAUUCGUGAGCGUAUGCUCAAUUUGAGUGAAGUUGUUAUCGGUCCUUUUCCUCUUGAUUCACCAUGGCUUCGACCAGUGCGAAUGAAUUUUAUACAAGAUGGGAAACCAAAAGCUUGGGAUUUGAUGAGAGCACAUGAAAGUGUAAGCAUAAUUAUAUUCAACAUCAGUCGGAAAAAGCUUGUUUUUGUCCGACAAUUCCGACCAGCUGCAUAUUUUGCUUGCCUACCAGAGAAAGAGGCAGUGAUCGAUUUAGAAAAAUAUCCCCCAACACUUGGUCUUACAAUUGAACUUUGUGCUGGUAUCGUUGACAAAGAUAAACCUUUAGUUGAAAUUGCUCAGGAUGAACUUAGAGAAGAAUGUGGGUAUGAAGCACCUGUUUCAGCUUUUCAGAAAAUUAUAACUUAUAGAUUUGUUUCAUCUUCAGCGACCAAGCAAACGUUGUUUUAUGUUGAAGUAACGGACGAGAUGAACAUACAUCCAGGAGGAGGAGCUGAGCAUGAAGGAGAAUUAAUUGAAAUUAUAGAAAUGAGUAUUGAUGAAGUUAAAAAUUAUGUCAAUUCUGAAGAAGUUUCCAGUCCUCCAUGCUUUCUCAAUGGUGUUGCAUGGUUUUUGAACAAUAAGAAAGAUAGAUACGCAUAAUCAAAAUUGAUAAUUUGAUUAAAAGUGUAUAAGUUUUGGACAAUCUAUCGUUAGUGAAUUUCAAAAUAAUUUAUCAUUAGUUUAAAUUUAUUUACAAAGAGUAUAUGUACAUUGUAUAGCCGUCUUGGCAGAGUCAUGAUAACACAUUCGUGGUAGUUGGCUUGAGAUCAGUUUGAUUUAAUGUUGAACAUUGUUCAGCCUCAUCUUUUGUAAACUGAGAGCUGACCCAUGCAAGUCCCCACUUUAAGUUUGUCAGCAGAAAUUUUAAGGCCUUGGUCCACUGUUCCUCGGAAUUAAAUUGGAUUCUGAAACAUUGUAAAUAUUUCUGUCAUACUUGUACUUAUUUUUAAAUGCUGUAAUUAUAGCAAUCAAAUAUUCCAAACAUAUUUUCAUAAGGUAAUAAACGUAUUUAGAAUAAAGAUUUCAUUUGUCUUACAAAAUUAGCCAAAAUAUAUAAAACAAACACCAAUAUCUUACUUGAUUGAAUAUGAGUUUCCAGUUGCAGAAUCUUCAAUUUUUCCUCGUUCCAUUCUGUAUGGAAGGCAAAAUCCACUGUCACCUUUUUCUACCUGUUCCUUAAAUUGUUGUAAACAGUCAAGAAAGGCAACCAUAGCAGCAUCAAAUUUUGUAUCCCAUAAAAACUUGAAUCCACCACUGCCGUAUAAAGGCAGCUCUUUGUGUUGAUCAAGGACUUCAAUGUAACUGUGAUUACCAAAUGGUACUAAUCGAAAUCUUUGAAAUGUUAAAUUCAUUUUCCGAGCCAAAGCAGUUAAAAGUAAAGUUGUUUGUCCCCAUGCUGCAUUAAUUUCGCUCCAGUCAACAGGUGCACUUGGUAACCUGCCUAAUCUGAAGGAAUUUAUAGUGCCAAAAUGACCAGAGUGCCAGAUGUGGAAGGUGGCAUUAAAAACAUUGGUCUUUUUCAGUCUUUCAAGUUGUGAUGCUGCAUAGGCCAGCUGACAUUCCAAACUGAAAAUAUUUUACACAUUAGUACAACUUUUUAAUGUACAAAAAUAUUUUAGUGAUAGAUACAGCAAAAAGAAAUUUUUGAUAAUCAACUUGUAAAUUUGAUUUAUAUCCAGAGUAAUUAUUUUGUAGUAGUUUUAUACUCUGAUGGUAAUCACAAUGCUAUUUUCAAUCUAUAUAAUGUAUAUGGUGUAUACAAUUAUGAGACAUUAAAUAAUGUUACCUGCGACAUUCAUCUUCUGCUAAAAUAAGAUCUCUCCUAUGACGUGAAAAUUCUCUCCAAUAUCUUUCUUCCUCGCUUUGCAGCCUUUCUCUCUCUCUUUCUUGUUCAGCGAUGGCAUUUUUCGUAGCUGCCUCUUCUUUCCUCAAUGCUUCUAGCUCCCUAAUCAUUCUUUCUUCUUCUGCUUUGACAUCUUGCAGUUCUUUUUCCAAAGCCUCUAUUUCAGUUUCUUCAUUGCCUUGUUGUAACUGCUCGGCUUCUAAUUUUUUGAGGUAUUCGUUGUAAUCAGACCAUUCACCUUCUGUAAGCCUAAGUUGUUGAUCCAUUAGCAUCAAUAGGCUAUCAGUACAUUCAUCACAUAAUGGAUGAUCAGCCGAACUACUACUACUGAGCACAUCGAACAACGUUGCUCGCACCUAUGCAUGAACCAAUAUUUGUAUUAGCUAGUGUCAAUAAAUUAUUUCUUAAUUAUA